AUGGAAGAGAGAAGAGAUGCAGGAGGGAAGCCGGAGAUGAAUGAGAAGAAGCGAGAACGAGAGGGUUUGGUCGAGGAGAGAAACGGAGAGGGAAGGAAGAUGACUGAAAGGGAGCGGGUAUUUCAACACAUGGGAACCCAAGCCGUCCCGAGGGGAAAAGGAAGCAGAUGGACCAGGACCCAACCCAGGGGCUCCCGCUCUGCCCACGCUGCGACGUCCACCGGGCCACCGAGCCACCGAAGGCGACAAGACGACAUGCCGGGAUUCCCAACAGGUGAAGAAGCCUCGAUCUGCCUGCUCCAGACCGUCCCAAGCGAGGGGUUCGUGCUGCUCCCCCCACCCACGGACAGCCUCCGGGAGACAGCUACACCAGUAGCAGGUCAGCGAUCAAAAAGCUGCCCAAUCUUGGCAUCCGCAGCGGGUGCUGGAAGCGGACAUGUCACCUCAUGA